AAUAACAAACCCGGACCCCUCCGAUCCUCAAAUCUCACCCCCACUCAAAAUGGCCACGAUCACAGCAAGUUGGACCAAAUUGUCCACCGCAUCACAGCUUCAACGCUCCUCCCAUAGCGUAUCCGCCGUGAACUCCACCCUUCACAUCUUCGGCGGCGAACUCAAACCUCGCGAGCCUCGCGACAACGACCUACACAUCGUUUCCCUUGCCCAUGGCCAAGAUGUCUCCAUCUCCUCCCUUCCUGGCUCGGACACCACGCCUACUGCUCGAGUCGGAACAGCAAGCACAGUCAUCGAUGACAAGAUCUAUCUCUUCUCCGGCCGUGGUGGCCCAGCGAUGGCGCCUGUGGAUGAGUCUGGCUCUCUCUGGAUCUUUGACACGAAGUCUCAAUCUUGGUCGAAUGUCAAGCCUAAAUCCUCUGCCUACCCUGAAGCCCGCUCCUACCACGCCAUGACAUCCGAUGGAACAAAAGUCUACCUCCACGCUGGUUGUCCCGAGUCCGGACGAAGAAACGACUUUUGGUCUUUCGACGUCGCCUCCUCGGAAUGGAAGGAACUCCCAUCUGCUCCUGGUCCAGCCAGAGGAGGGACUUCGAUUGCGUUCGCGGAAGGGAAGGUAUGGCGUAUGAAUGGAUUUGAUGGAGAGAAAGAAGUCGGCGGUAGCCUUGACUUCUACGACCCGCAGACAGGAAAGUGGGAGACGAAGACCUUCUCAGCGGACGGAAAGUCGGGUCCAGGAGCGAGGAGUGUGGGUGCGCUGGUGCCCGUCAAAGUGCAGGGUCAGACGUGGUUGGUUACUCUGUUUGGAGAACGUGACCCGAGUUCAGAGGGUCAUCUGGGAGCAGGCAAGAUGUUAGGUGAUGUGUGGGCAUACGAUCUUGAGGGAGGAAAAUGGGCGCAGGUGCUAGCUAUGUCGACCUCGGGAGAAGCUCCAGAUGCCAGAGGAUGGUUCGACGCGGAUGUUGUGGAGUUUGGAGGGAAAGAUGCGGUGGCCGUCACGGGUGGGUUGGGCGAAGAGAACAAUCGGCUGGACGAUCUUUGGGUGUUGACUUUUGAUGAUGAGUGA